CAAACAAAAUCGCAGGUUAUCUGGCGCAUCAAAACUCAUCGAAUCAAACGAUAAUAGGAGAGAGAAAAGUAUGAUACUGAUAGUAAAGUGAUGACAGCAUAAUCCAUAAGGGAAGCCGAGAAGCGACACAGCAAUCAGGCUAAUGGAAGGAUGCUGGCAGGUGACACGGGGGAUGAAUCUGGCUUGAUGUCUUGAUGCAAUUCACCUAAAAUGCGUCUGCAUUACAUUCUAUUAAAAUGCUUAGAGAUGGCGAAAGGUGUAUGUUUAUUCCAUCUAUGUUUAUCUUUGUGUGUGGAUGUCCAGAUGGGCGUGUGAGGGAGGAAGUUAAAAAGAGAAAGAGAAACAGAGAGAAACAAAGAAGAAGAAAAAAAUAAAAAUAUAAAAAAAACACAUAACAAACCAUUUUCUUCCAUCCAUCCUGCUCCUCCUCACGCCCCACGUAACCGCCGAGACAUCCUCCUUCACCCUGCCUUUGCUUCACGCCCCCAGGAACGUGGUGAUGGCGGAGGGCGUAGCCAAGGUGACGCAGGUGGGAUCCGCUCUCCCUCGCUACGCGCAGGACUACUGGCGCUCCCCCGACGGCAGGGGACCCGCGCCCCUCCGCUGGAUCAGCCCCGAGGCUCUGUGUCAGGGGACCUUCACGCCGGCGAGCGACAUCUGGGCAUUCGGCGUGACGCUGUGGGAGGUUCUGACGCUGACCCGCCGCCGCCCACACCACCACCUGUCCGAGGACUUGCUCUUCCACGCCCUCGUCUCCACACACAGCGCCGCCUCCGCCUCCUCCACCUCCUCCUCCACACUGGGCCGCGCGGAGACGUACGCCAAACCACAGGUCGUCCUGAGUGCCCCCGCGUGGUGCCCCAGAGAGCUGCAGGAGUUGAUGACGGCCUGUUGGCACCCACUGCCCGCCCACAGACCUUCCUUCAACACCAUUUACACCACGCUGGCCGCCUACGCCCAUGCUCACAAGUGAAGAGCGCGGGGAGGGCGGGAAAGUGGUUUUCCCGCCUAAAACAAGAUGGCGUCGAAGGAGGAGACAUUUUCCCGCCAAAAUAAAAUGGCGUCGGGGAGGGGGAGGGGGGGGAGUGUGCGCAAGGCUCCCCCCUUCUAAGUGAAAUGAGGAAAUUGCAAGUGAUGUUAUUUACAGCGUCGGAGUGGCGGCGAUGUGGUAAAAAAAAAAAAUGGAUUGACGGAAGGAAAACUUGACGAUACGGUGAAAAAUUAUAAUUCGUGUGAGAUGUAUUUUAUGAUAUUGUCGUUAUCCCAUUCUGUAUGUUUAAUCCUAAUGAUUUACGUUUUUGUGAAUAUGCGUGACAAACAAACAAGGAGAGAGAGAGAGAGAGAGAGAGAGAGAGAGAGAGAGAGAGAGAGAGAGAGAGAGAGAGAGAGAGAGAGAGAGAGAGAGAGAUGACCUUUUAAUGCUUUGAUAAGCAUGCAAAUAGUCAACUGGGAUAUUACAUUUCUUUGUUAAAGUCAGAUUUCUUUAUUUCAUAAUUUCCCCAACUCUUCAUUUGCUAUAAGAGCAAAAGACUCUAUUUAUAGUGAGUGAUAUGUAAAUGUUUCAGACAGACACACAAAGAAAAAAAAAAAAUGAUCGUAGAUGUGGAAUUAGUUUACGCCAUACCCUAUUUAUAGAAAGUGAAUGGACGAUUUGGUUACCGAAGCCGAAGCCAGCGGACAGACAUGACAAACGGACGCGUUCUUCGCCAGGAAGAGCGCGUAUUGUCUGUCCAAUUCCAGGGACGCCGUCACAGGGCAGUGCUUGUCUCUUGUGCACAAUGAAAGCAUAUCAGAAACGGGCGGAAGGAACCCCGUUCAACAUAUCAUUUCCCGGAGAAGUAACAUGAGCGUAGAGAGAGAGAGAGAGAUUUAAACCCCGAAGAAUUUUUCAUUUUGUCGAGAGCGGCUCCGAUUCCGGUCGCUUUGACUUCGUAGUUCUUUGUCGGUAUGAAAUCAAUAUUAAUAACGUCUUAUCAUUAGCACUUUUAUUAUGUACCUGGAUGGUAGUUUGUAAGAGGAAAUAGGAGGGUGGCGAGAAAUCGGCGCUGACUUUGCCCUUUUCUGAGACUACUUAUUUUAACUUGGCUGAUGAGUGCUAAACUUAGCAGAUUCAAGGUUGCAUAAUUUAAUUUCUUCAGUUCUGAUCACUGAUGCUAUAGGUUGAAUCGCAGCAUAGAUGAUAUAAAAUAAGGAACAAGAAAAAAUAAAUACAGAUCGCUAUAACCUGCUAUCAAAAGAGAAACAAAAAUCAUUAAUAAUUAAUGAAAAAGAUCGCUAGAAAAGAUUGCUAAAUUUAGCAUCAUCAGCUAAGGCAAGUGUCGGAUUUAAUAACGAUGAGGAAAAUUGCACUUAACCAUAUCACAUAUAUCGUGCAUUAUCUGUUUCUGGAUGUAUAUGUUGCAGAGUUUAGUUUAAUUAACCAUUUCUAGUCAGAUUUCCAUAUUGCAUGAGUGCAGGUGGCGACCAGUAUUGUUUUUUUGGGAGAAAGAAUCAAUUCCUCUUUACGUUUCAGGAGUUUUACCAAUAGAUGUAUUCAUUUGUAAAUACAUAUAAGAACUUUUUUUGUAUAUAAUGAGUCUUCCGUGUGUAGGGUACUAAAUAACAAUAAUAUUCAAGUAUUUAACGAAAAAAAAAGAUAAAACAUUUUCAAAAACUAUUAUCUUAAGGUUUCAUUAAUGGUUUAAUAACACGUAGUAGUACUUUUAGUGGCUGUUGUGGGGUCAUAGUAUGUUAGACAAGGCACACAAAGCUAAUUUAAGAUAAGGAUUAUUUUUAUCAACUCUUAGGACUGUGUGUAACAAGGUAUCGAUUGGCUGUUGGUUCAAUCAUUAUGUACCUUUUUUUCCCCAGAGUGCCAAAAAAAAAGAAAAUGGUCACUUGGCAUUCCUCUGUAGUGGUGCCAAGGGCCGGACCACGUGACCUCACUCGAUACUUUUAAACGAACAUCGAAAUCA